AUGCUCCUGCACCCACACCAUGAUGCAGCCUAUGUACCCAGUGCAGUGGCAGCAGUCAUCUUCGGCGCCGUCUACGUUAUGUUGGGUUGCACAUUCUUUUUCCACAUUUUUCGUACAAAGUCUUGGUGGUCGUUGUGUUUGCCUAUCGGCGCCAUCAUUUCUUCAGCGGGAUACUUCUUGCGCAUCGUUGUCCGCCAAGACCAAAACCAGCACUCACUCGGGCUGUUUAUCCCAAUGAACCUUUCAAUUGUUCUCAGUCCUUGCGCUUUUCUCGCGUUUAAUUACAUUGUUUACGGCCAUCUCAUCGUUGCGGUCGAUGGAUCGCUUGCCGGAAAACGAGGACGGAAGGCAAAAUCAGAUUACUCCUAUAUUCCUCCUCGUCUCGUCAAGCAUGUGUUCGUCUGGAGCGACGUCGUCACUUUCUUGAUACAAUCAUUCGGUGGUUCGAUGGAGGUGUCGCACACGACUUAUAACCUUGGUUCCAAAAUUUUCUUAAUUGGUAUCAUCCUCCAGUUCCUAUCCUACUUGUUUUUCCUCUCCAUGGUCACCCUCGCGCACCGGAAGUUACUCGAGAAGCCUGUGGAUGUGACUUUCCCUAAUGGUGGACGGAACCACCCAACGAAGCGUCUCUUCUAUACCCUCUACUACUCCAGUGUCUUGAUCUGUGUUCGUAACGCCUAUCGUAUGGUAGAGUUGGCUCUUGGAUGGAACGGCGUUCUCUGGAGGAACGAAGAUUUUUUCCUUACAUUGGACGCUGUACCGCUCAUCCUAGCCAUUGGCAUCUACAUGUUCGUUUGGCCCAGCAUUCUUCUAGACCAGACUCAGGCUCUUUCAAGGACCACACCCCACCCAGACUAUCCUAUGGCUCAGUCAGGCCGCACGCUCGACGCCUAA